GUUUUCCAACGGCGCGUAUAGCAGAUUACGAUUGCAUCCUGUGCACUUUCUGGUGCCCUUCCGCACCAACAGACCGACCAGCCCGGAUUUAGGCCACAGGACUUUCGAUAAACAGACAAAGAAGGCAAAACUACGCAGAAGUCGAACAAAAACAAUGUCGGAAACAUACGAUUACCUGUUCAAGUUUCUGAUCAUCGGCAGUGCUGGCAGUGGCAAGAGUUGUCUGUUGCAUCACUUCAUCGAGAGCAAGUUCAAAGACGACAGCUCGCACACCAUUGGCGUGGAAUUUGGUUCCCGGAUCGUGAAUGUGGGUGGGAAAUCGGUGAAGCUACAGAUCUGGGACACGGCCGGUCAGGAGAGGUUCCGCUCGGUGACGAGAUCAUACUAUCGAGGCGCUGCCGGAGCUCUCCUCGUCUACGAUGCCACAUCGAGGGACUCCUUCAAUGCUCUGACAAACUGGCUGAAUGAUGCCCGCACCUUGGCUAGUCCAAACAUUGUGAUUUUGUUGGUGGGAAACAAAAAGGACCUGGAAGAGGCUCGCGAUGUGACCUUCCUCGAGGCUAGCACCUUUGCCCAGGAGAACGAGCUCAUCUUCUUGGAGACCAGCGCCAAGACUGGCGAGAACGUGGAGGAGGCCUUCCUUAAGUGCUCGAAGACCAUUUUGGCCAAAAUUGAGACCGGGGAGCUGGAUCCCGAGCGCAUAGGCAGCGGCAUUCAGUACGGCGGUGCAGCCCUGCGCAACUUGCAGACCCGACAGCGCAGCAUCAACAAACCGGAUUGCACCUGUCGCGUGUGAAGCGUGCGCUUGACGAACGUGCAAAUUAAUCUCUACAUUAUCUCAAACUCUGAAUGCGUCAGCUAAUCGUAUUCCACCUUAGUUGUAUCACCCGUACUUUUGUGUGUGUGUCGCACCAUGUUUUAGGUUCGUAAUUCGUUUUGCUAGAUUAAUCAUUCCAAAAUGUAAGCGCAUAGUGCGUCUUCGGUUCGUUUUAACCUAUGUACUCUUAACCAUCUUAAUUUCUUUUGAUAACGGAUAACUCCGAUUGUUACUUACUAUAAUUUGUAAUUCGCGAAGCACUAGGCCAGUCGGAUAAGGAUCGAUGGGAGUGGGCGAAGUAGAAUGCACUCGGCAUUUUCUUACUGUAAAUAAGAGGCGCUUUAAGUCGUUGACGACGUCGCCAAAUGUACAUCUAACGCAAAACCAUGCACGCGGUAAAUAAAAACGCUUAACCAAU